AGAGCUAUAUCUACCCACAUAUACUACUCAGUAUGACAAUAACUCAAAGGACCUAAAAUUCCUAGAGAACACCAUCGCUCUACUGCCUUCACUCUACUCUACCACCUAUUUGUCUACCUACCUAUCUGCUACCAUGCCUUCCAAGACCGAAGACGGCGCCGCCACCACGCCGCCCACAACAAACCGCACUCUAGGCGAAUCCAUCAACAUCGCCACACGUCCAGCGCACACCAAACUCAAUAAACUCAUCAUCCUACGUCUCCCACUGGCUCUUCCGCCCCGGACCGACGAUGCAUCGAACUACGUCCAGGGACUACUACACAUCGCGCCUAUUUACGCGACCUUCGAGGGGUUAUGGCAGGGCAUUAUACAGGACCCUCUUACCUCUACCAAACUUACCACCGACUCAAAUUCUACGGUGUUCCCCCGUAUUCAUGCUCUUCUUAAGCAUAUCUACCUCCCUAACCUAGCUCGCUCUUCCGCUUUACACGAGGAUCUCACCGCAUUAACGGGAUGGUCCGACGCUACGCUCGCGGAACGUUUAGCCGAGGUAUCCAGCGAGUCACCGAUACUAGCGGAGCUCUUGUCGCAUAUCCGUGACGCGGUGGGUGAGAAACCACAUGUACUGAUAGCAUACGCUUGGGUCCUAUACAUGGCGCUGUUCUCAGGCGGACGCUUUAUCCGAGCCUCGCUCGAGCGCGUGGGGAAGGAUGAAGCGUUUUGGAGACCGAUGGUAGAUGGCGGGGAGUCUGAUAGUGAUAAUGGAGAGCAGGAAGAAGGUGUGAUAGAUGAGUAUAAGAUGCCGGGCGGAUACCCAUCUACUGGAACAGGAGCACGAUGGGAAAAAACACAACGGAAGAUACAGAAUCAACGAGACGAGACAGCGACAGAGCAUCCUCUGAGUUUCUUCCGCUUCGCUACGCCUUCAGACGGGGAAGACUUAAAAGUCGAAUUUAAAGCGCGUUUAGCUACUUCUACAUGCAUACCAGCAGACAACACCGCCGCCACACUCCAAACUGAUCUUCACCCGAACAUUACAACGGACUCGAGGCUUUUUCUUACGAAAAUAGAACAAGAGGAUGUCGUAUCCGAGGCGCAGAAUAUAUUCUCGUAUAUGACAAACAUCGUGGGAGAACUCGAUGAAGUAUGCGGAACGGAAUACGAGGCGGCGACGGUUGCUUAGGGAGGUGUACGGAGACCGCCGUUGUUGAGUUUGAGGAGUCGGGAUAGUGUGGUUGUGGAGAGGGAUCGCAGGAGGAGGUUGGCGUUGCGGAAGGCCGUUGCAGGUACUGCGAGGGUAGGGAGUGGAAGUCGAGAGGGGGGGAAGGAGGGAGGGGGUAGUGGGAUGCUGGGGAGAAAGGUUAAGACGGAUGGUGAUGUGGUGAGUGGGGGUGGCGUUGAUGGACGGGGGGCGGUGAGGUUUCGAUGAGAGGGAAUUUGUGUGCUUAUGAACUAAGGUGCCGGAUGUUGAGGGGGUUUCCGCGGUGGCUUGCAUGAGGUGAGGCAGGUGGCGUUCGGGAUCACGAUGGGUGCUAGGAUGUAUGAGCCGAUGAGCCGAUGAAUUAAUGAACAGGCAGACAGACAGACGGAUUAGAGUAGAGGGUGCUAAGGCCUAGAUUAGACUAGACUGAUCAUGAGAUACCCUGAAUUACAUCUUAAGUAAUAGACUUGAUAUUAUCUCUAGGAA